CUCACACGUGUUUACCGUGAUAGUACAUGGAUCAAGCUCGAAUCGGCUGAGGAACACGAACAUUACCCAAACUUAGAAACUAAGUUGCCCAACCAUGUCUCAACAUCAAAAUCAGGAUCAAUUGGACCCUGAUCUCUCUACCCUUGACCGACAGCUUAGCAAUAUUCUGGUGACCCCUCGUCUGUUACCAUCGGCAGGACCUCCAAGCCUCAGGACCCAAUCCCUACCUCCCCAUCCUUUGACCCCUGACCUCAGUCGUUUGGAUCGGAGUUUGUCGAGAAUCUUUCAGUUUCAGCAGCAAAGUGCAGCCUCUGAAGUUCAAACGUCAAACACUGCUGAGGGCACGAGCCGAGAUGAAACCAGUGGAAUUGUUUCUGGANAGCAGCAAAGUGCAGCCUCUGAAGUUCAAACGUCAAACACUGCUGAGGGCACGAGCCGAGAUGAAACCAGUGGAAUUGUUUCUGGAGACACGGAAGCAUCAGCCAGUACUAGCCAUUCUACUCCAAGAGAGGAGGAGCCACCAAUCCAAGCUAAAACUACCCGUGAAGUCGUCCAGGAUUUGGAGACUAUUCUUUCCUCUGCUUUUAGUUCCGACGUUUGGAAUGGCCGAGGCGAGCCUAAUGCCAUCAGGGAGGCCUUCAGUUGUGUAGUCGUCCCCUUAUUCAAGGUUAUUGGCCGUCACGUGAAUUUCGUUUUGGAGGGAUUGGAGGCCAAAUAUGCAGAGACCAAUGAUGAUCAGUGGAUCAAUUUACACGAGCUUGCCAGCAAUCUUGUUUGGAACAAGGGCUUUCAUGAACCUGUAAGUGAUGACGAAGCCAAUACCCCCUGUUCCUCCCCUGAGGAAGAGCGGGAAUACCAUCUCCGGGAUGCCCUGAAUGUGCUUGAAAGAUUGAAAGGCCAGAUCCAACAAUUGGCACAGGGCUCUUCUCAUAACCUACCCACGGAUCCCAAAGUUACCAUGGGCUCCCAUGAGGGCCCCCCGUCACCAGAAAAUGAUUAUUCCCCAAUUGAAGUAGAACCCUCGGUACUGAGUCCGAAGAAAGCCGUUACUGGCCUCUGUGAACCGCAAUCUGUUCGAACUGUUUCCGUCCCUGAUCCUCUUAGCCAUGGGUCUUCUUUUGCCAUCAUUUCUAGCGAAACCCUCGACGCCUCGAAUUGUCCUUCCUCUUAUGCCGGAAUGACCCCUCACACCCAAAGCAGUUCCAAUGGCGCCUCCUCCUUUGACGAAAUCACUCCACCCUCCACCGAAUCAUUCGAGCGAGUCUCGCAAGCCCAUUCCCAAGAAUCCAUUCCUCCCACCUUAAUCAUGGAAGAGGAAGUUGCCAUAAACUUGGUUAACUCGGGCUCAAGCUCGGACCACCUUGAUUCCGGACCCAGUCCAUCCACUUGGGAUAUGACAUCUGGUCUCACCUCUCAGGCUAGUGCUCCGGUUGCCUUGUCUUCAUCCAUUUCUCCCCAUGGAGAUAUUUGUCCUCAAAAGGGAAAAGGGUCUUCCCAAGAGUUGGCCCUUGGACCCGACUUUUCUGAAUCGCCCCUCCAUGGGCCUGAUCUCUCGGAAGAAGCGCAGAUAACGACCCAUGCCGAUCCCCUUAAUCAUCCCAGAUUCCAGGUGACCUUGCUGGAUCCAGCCUUGCUCGAACACCCAGACCCACUUCCGGCUCCACCACCUCUGCCAGUGGCCACUAUGCCCAGUGCCUUCCCUGCCGUUCAGCAACGUAUCCUAAACCACACUUAUAGGGUGGCAAAAGCUCGUCAUACCGCAGAAAUCCACCGUAGAAUGGCAGAGUCCAGUUUGGUGCCAAACCCUGACAGCUUUCGUAAUGCCCCAUCUCAUGUUUUUCAGCCGCCCAGAUCUCGACCGUCUGCCACCCCAAGCGCCCUAACCUCGCACGUAGAGCGGGCACAACCGGUUCCACCCACCUUGCCACCCAAUGCCAUUCCAAUUCAACGUCCUACGGCCAAUGCCAUCCGGCAACUUAAUGCUCGUCAAUUGGACACGGAUCAACGGACUCAAGAGUGGAACGCCAAAAGGGAAGAAUUCGUACGAAAGGAGCAAGAAGCUCGUUUGGAAAGGAUUCGUCUUGAACAUGCCAACGCCCAAUUUGGAUUGAAACAACCGGUGGUGGUGAUGCCACCCCCAGCUUUAAUGGAAUAUAACGUGGAAGGACGGAUCGGGGACAAGAACGAUGUGGCAGUGUUAAAUGUUUUGCCCGAGAAUCGACCCGAGGUUGCACCCCCCGCCAAUUUCCACCGCCGAAGAAGACCCUCUCAAGCAACUCCCCCAACUAAUCCAUCAUCCACAAUCCAAGAAAUUGAAAAUUGCUAUCGUGAUCCAUCGCGUCUCUGAGGUUCGACUGUCUUUUUCCUUCGCAAUUGUGCGAAACACUUUCAAUGCAUAUCUCCGUGAGAAAAUAUACAAGAUGAAUCAUA